AUGUUCCCCAAGGUUGUGUUCCUCUUGCCUGCAUAUCUAUCCGUCGCCGCUGGAAGUAUUCUGCCACCCGUCGCAGAUGCCUCUGUAGGCAUUGCCGCCGGCGUGUCUGUAAGUGCUGCUGCCGACGUGUCUGCCGACGUGGUACUUCUACGAUCAGUUGGCCUGCAGGCUGCAACGCCCGCAGUCGACCUUGAUGUUCUUGCAGACGUUUCUGCUGAAAUCAGUGCCGACGUGUCUGCAGACGUCGAUGCAGGUGUCUCUCUCGAUGCCUUAUUGCGGCGCUCACUGGAUGCCCGUGCUGUUGCACCCACGCUUGACUUUUCUGGCUCUACUUGGAUUUGGACAGGCGAGCAGAUUGGGACCAAUGAUAAUGCGCCUGUAGGUGUGCGUCCGUUCCGCAAAGCCAUCCCCUCAUCCAAUACAAAAUGUCCGGUAUGCGCCACUAUCAUCAUCUCUUCCGAUGAUCUUUACUCCAUUGUUGUUAACGGAAAUGAGAUAGGAGCAGGCAACGGUUACAAAAGGUCCGCCGUUUACACUGCCGGCCUCGAACCUGAAGGCCAUAACGUCUUUGCUAUUGCCGUGAACAAUACCGGAGGAGCCGCCGGUCUUAUCGCUACGAUCCUUGUCGACUACAGUGAUGGUACCACCCAAACUAUCGUCACUGACACGACCUGGAAGACGAUCAAAGCUACGCCUCCCGGAGGCUGGACAAGCCCGAGCUUCGACGAUUCAGCUUGGAUCGCUGCAGCCUCGGAAGGACCUACGGCAAGUACACCUUGGGGGUUGCCUGCGCUCCCCCCUGCCAUGAAUAUGACCGGAGUCAGUUGGAUCAGGACAAACGAGACUUCGGCAGCUGGAGUAGACCCUCUUGGUCACCGACCAUUCCGCAAGACUAUUGCAUCGCCGUAUGGAAAAGCUGCUGUUUGCGGAAAGGUCGUCAUCACCGCCGAUGAUGCGUACACGUUGUAUGUCAAUGGAAAUAACAUUGGCAAUGGUAGCAACUGGCUAGCCAUGCAGGCGUAUUCUAUUCCAAUUCUAGAUGCAGAUGAAAACCUUAUCGCGGUGGAUAGCGUGAAUACGCAACCCACUGUUGCUGGGCUCAUCGCGGGUGUUUUGGUGGCGUACAAUGAUGGUACAUCAGAGACAUAUUACACGGAUGAUUCAUGGAAAACCAUGGAUGCGGCCUCUCCGGCUGGCUUCGAAGCAACAGAUUUGGACGACAGUGCUUGGAUUAGUGCGAAGGAGUGGGUGCAUGGCAGUUCUGCGUUGGUGACCGUUCCGCCUGCAUAA